CAUUGUCAAAAUCAAAAUGUGGGAGAGAGGGAGGUCCCAAAACAAAACAAAACAAGAUGUGAAUUGAACAAGAGUACCUAAUAUAAUUUGUUUAAUAAUGAGGCGAAACAGAAGUCCGUGUGAAGAGAAAUCUUCCAAAUGCAGACGAUCCCGAUCUUACGACAGAAGCACAAAAUAUAGAAAAACAAAUCCAAAGUCGUCAACAUCUAACACAAAUCAUGAAGCUGAUUUUAGUUUUACUAACUACAAAAGGGAUUUAAACAAAAUAAUACAGUACAGCAGUGAGAGUAACACAGUGGCAAAUAAUCUGGAUGAUUUUUGGGUGUUUUUGAAAAAGUAUGAGGCUACAUUGAAGAAAGCUGGUAAGCCAUUGUUAGAGAAACCAAACAAUGUUACCGAUUUGAACGACUUGGGAGUUCCUGAGAAAUAUUCUAAAUAUCACUGUAUCAACUUUACUACAAAAUUGAAAUAUGUUGAUAUUGCAUCUGAUGAUAGGGACCGACGGAAACUGGAUAAAGAAUUGUUUGAUGUAUUUUUGAAUAUUGUUUCUAUUUAUGUUGAUUUCAAAAAUAAGGAAAAGUUUGAAAAGCUUAAGAAAUUAAGAGAGUGUCAGAAACAGCUUCCAGUUGCCAGUUUUAGAAAUGAAAUAGUGAGCGCAGUUCAAAAUGAGCGAGUGGUCAUCGUGGCAGGUGACACCGGCUGCGGUAAAUCUACACAAGUACCACAAUAUCUUAAUGAGGCUGGAUUUCAGAAUAUUGCUUGCACCCAGCCCAGGCGCAUAGCUUGCGUGUCUCUGUCCAAACGGGUCGCGUAUGAGAUGCUAGCCCAGUUUGAUACGAAGGUCGGAUAUCAGAUCAGAUUCGAGAAGAGCAGGACGGCUGACACUAACAUAUGUUUCAUCACCGAAGGCCUCUUGUUGAGACAGAUGUCCUCUGACAAUCUGCCAAACUAUGACGUCAUAAUCCUGGACGAGAUCCACGAGCGCCACCUCAUGGGCGACUUCCUGCUCGGCGUGCUGAAGUGUCUCGUACACAACCGGCGGGACAUCAAGCUGGUGCUGAUGUCAGCCACCAUCAACAUCCAGCUGUUCCAGGAUUACUUCGCAGCGGAGACGGCUGUUAUUAUACAGGUGCCAGGACGUCUCCACCCGAUAGAUCUCCAGUACAAGCCAAUAUUCAUUGAAGAUAAGCCCACUAGAGAAGACAGAUUGGACCCUCAGCCUUAUGUGCAGAUAAUGCAACUAAUCGAUGGCAAAUAUCCCAAUGACGAAAGAGGUGAUAUGUUAAUCUUCAUGUCGGGCGUUCAAGAGAUAACGGCUAUAUGCGACGCCGCUCAGCAAUACGCGGAGAAGAAUAAGAAUUGGAUUGUUCUGCCUCUGCACAGUGGGCUGUCUUUGGCCGAACAGGAUAAAGUAUUCGACUAUCCGCCAGAGGGCGUGAGAAAGUGCAUAGUUUCGACCAACAUAGCGGAGACUUCGGUGACCAUCGACGGAAUUCGUUUUGUCGUUGACUCUGGAAAGGUCAAAGAAAUGAGUUACGAUUCUACAACGAAAAUGCAAAGGCUGAAGGAGUUUUGGAUUUCACAAGCCAGCGCCGAUCAAAGGAAAGGCAGAGCGGGGCGGACAGGUCCAGGCGUCUGUUACCGCAUAUACUCCGAGAAGCAAUACUCAGAAAUGGAUCCGUUCAGCACUCCUGAAGUUUCGAGAGUGCCUUUAGCCUCUCUACUCCUGUUAAUGAGUUCGCUAGGAGUGUCAGAUGUCAGAAGAUUCCCGUUCAUAGACGCUCCACCUGAAGAGGCUAUCGAGAAUGCUUUGUUGGAGCUAAAACAGCAUGGCGCUCUAACCUCAAACGAGAGACUAACUUCCCUCGGGAAGGCCCUGUCCAGCCUUCCAGUGGACGUGUGCCUGGCCAAGGCGCUGGUGGUGGGCGCGGGCACCCUCCCCCCGCACAAGCGGGACUCCGCCCUGGCGCUGGCGGCGGCGCUGGGGAUACGGUCUAUAUAUACCACGAGGGCGCACAGGGAUUUCGAGUGCGAGAACGCCCGUAAACCAGAGGAAUCCGACCACGGCGACCCUCUCACUCUCCUUUCUUUAUACUGCGCGUGGCUUUCUGUGAAGGCGGAAGGUAAAGGCGGGCGGGCGUGGUGCCGCCGCCGCGGCAUUGAGGAGCAGCGUUUGUACGAGCUGACCAAGUUGGCGGCGCAGCUCAGGGGAUUGUUGCAAGACAACAAUCUGAUGGAAACCGUGGAGCCUGAAGCGAUGUCCUCGGCCGAGAGGUCUUUGAGGCACGGACAAAUGAAACAGCUCAAAGAUAUGAGAAGGCAGUACAAACUGAAGGCAGCCGAGGACUCCAAACGUAAGAAGCGGCUGAAAGUAGACUCGUGGGAGAUAGCCGAGGAGGGGGGGGACGGGGGGGACGCCCUGGACAUCCGGGACAUCGAGUUCCGGCUGUGUCACGACGCGGGCAGAGUGCGGGCGCUCAUAGCCGGCGCCAGCGCAGCGGCCGGGAGGGACCUUAUUACCUUGAAGGUGGUGUUAUGCCGAGCUUUGUACCCUCAAAUAGCCGUUGCGGACGAGUUCAACCAUUGUAAGUCUAUAUCUGAACAACUGUUCCACACGUGGAGCAAGCCGUUCGUGUUCCUCCACCCCACGUCGAUGUUCGGGAGACAGCCGCGGCUGCUGCAGCUGACUGACGCGGACAUACAGACAGACACACACGGGUACAAGGCGAGGGUGCCUGUGUCGGCGAAACAUCAGAUACUUUGUUAUUUAUCGCUAUUGGAGACGACAAAGCCGUACAUAGUGAAUUCUAUGCGCAUGCCCGCUGCGCAGACAUUGUUGCUGUUGGCGCAUUGUAUCGACACUAAUGUAGGGUUUACUAGAAUUGUGUGUGAUUCAUGGCUGUUAUUGGAGUUCCCUUAUCCUGAUAGCGGAUUGAAUUUGUUGUUAAAAGCGACGAAAUUAAGACAACGAUGGGAUGCACUUAUCAAUCGGAGACUUGCAGAUGCAAACCCAAACAAAUCCGUGGAAGGUGAAUUACAAAAGCAGAAGAAGUUACCUUACGAUGAAUUGCAACAUGAACUUUCGUGUGACAUAAGUUCUUAUAUGAAUAGUGAAGUUUACUAUACCAUCAAAAGAUUGUUACCGGGAGACCUUAAAGUUUUAUACCACGGUCCUGACGAAGCCCACGGCAUUAUAGACCCUAAUCCGUUUGAAGAAGGUUUCGAAUGCCGCCCCCACGAGAAGAAAGGGGGGGUUUAUGUCACUGAUAAUGUUGUUUUCAAUUGCGUAGUAGACUCAGAUUGGAGUUACAACAGCUAUCAAGAGAACUACAGCCUCAUUUGGACAUGUCCAGAAUGCGAUAUCGCCCUCUGCCUAUCCCCAUUGGAACGAGUGCAACACAAACAGUUCACGUGCUCAUCAAGAAGAGAAGAGAAGAGAAUAGUCACUAAAACUACUACAAGGGAAAAUAGACCCAAUGCCAAGGAGUAUAAGUGUGAGAAUUGCAAUGAGAAUUUGUAUAUGACACCGGUUGAAAUAUUGAAACAUAAAAAGUGUUGUAAUAUUAAAGAAUUACAAUGAAAUAAUUA